AUGUGUCCUGCCCCUUGGUACAAGGAAAAAUUGCCUUCCAGGUGCUUUCCAAAACAGGCGAGUAACAAAGAGAAAUUCUCGGAUUCUCUCAACGGUCAGCGGUGGAGGUUCCUGAAACAUGGCCUGGAUGAUUUCCGGUACGGUUGUCCUCCAUCUUCGGACAACAUCAUAAUUCAAGGCACCAAAGGGCCCGCUCCGAUCAUCCUACAGUAUAAGAAAUUGGAUGCUUCCCAGAUCAUCCCUUACAAAUCCGGGGACUUGCUGAGGAAACGCUCAGCGGUUCAAUCCAGACUCCCCACACCUCAGAAAACCAAGACGGACCCCAAUCUCACCCAGGAGCAACACCCACUGGCACUUUAUCCACAUCUGGAAGAGAGUGUGCCUCCAGACCUUUUUGACGAUGUGAUGAAACUCCUGGACCCUGAGAUGCAGCUGACCCGACCAUCCCCGGAUUAUAGUAAAGAUGAUGUGGCCACCCCUUCGCCUGGUCAACAUCACGUGAAGUAUGAUGUGCGCCCAAACAGAAGCUACAGCUCCACUCUUCCCUGGAUGCAGAAAAAAAAGAACCCUUACACCUGGUUUAGUAAGAAAGAGGUGGCCGAGAGGCAAGAGGCAGCCAAAAUCGAUUACGUUCCACCCCUCGAUAAAAACGUUAAGCGGGUAACGAAGGAAUUUUGCGAAUGGGUGAAUGCAAUGGGAGGAGAAAAGUACAAUAUUGACGAAGACACCAUCAUGAAGCUUUUUGACACGAGGUACGAAAGUGAUAUCAAGACAUCCACACCCAUUAAAAUAAUGGAGCUCUAUCAAAUACCAGCAGAGCUGAGACAAUACCUGGGGAGGCAUCCGUCCCGGAAGAGGAUUCCCACAAAGCCAACCCCUUCUGAGCCCAAGUGGGAAAAGAUUAAAUACGGAGCCUGGUACCUCCCUCCAAAGACAUGGAAGAAGAAACGGGCAACUGAGAAGGAAGAAAUUCCUGAAUGUCUACAAAUCUUCCUGAACGCCAGGAAGAAGAUUGUCCAAAAGGCUGAGGCUGACUUAGAAUCGUCACUGCAUGGAACGUAUGCCUUCGACCAAUUCCUCGAAACCAAAGGCUACAGGAAGCCGCAGUUUCUUCUGCAGAUGUUGGCUGCGGGUCAUUCUGACAAGAUCGCAGAAGACAGCGAGCUCCUCUCCAGGAAGCUUUCGAUGAAAGUCCUUCAAGAAUUCAGAUCGCAGUCUUCCGCAAACAUUUAA